GAGAGCUAAAGCAGUGAGUUCAUCAGGACAAACACACAACGGAUACCGUUCCACAACAGGUAUUCGAAGAAUUUGAAGAGACAGCCAGACUUUUAGGGAAUUCAUUCAGCUUGAAUUUUUAGGAAAACGGUAUUCUGUGAUGUCUUUCCAAGACCUUCGAGACUCUUUUGAAACGUUCUCGCAAUACAUGAAAACGGGGCGCAGUCGGAAUAAAGAGCGAUUGCAAGCCAGCCUGGCCGGGUUAUGCGAGCUUGGGCUUCUCAAACAGAGACAGGAAAGCAGGGUGCUGCGCGCUCUUGGGAUCAAGGACCCUUCGUCAACCGGGGGCCCGGAUUGGGGAGCUCUAUGCUCGGAACUUUGUGCUAUGGACGCACCAAAAGGGAAGGAAAGCUGUGGUCUCAAUCUCCACCAUAGCAGUCUGCAGUUUACUCCCUGGGGUUUAAGCACAUCUUUAGAAGAGCAGGUGGCAGAGCUGAAGGUGGAUUGUGAAGUCAAAUCAUCAGAUUCCACUGAUCUGGAUGCCAGCCAACUCAUUUCAGGGAAAGCCCGUGUAGCCAAGGAAAAUGGAUCUUCUGAAAUGAAUUGCUACCCCGUGACCUCAUGUUCCCUCUCAGCCCCCGAGGGGAGUGGUGAGAAAGAGACAAAAAAAACAUACAUGUCCACCCUGACAAGACAUGCCAUCGUUACCGGUGCUUUAGGGAAAUUGAAAGAAGUUGACCCCAGUCUGUAUGAUUAUCAACAAACCCAAAAGGUUGAGACUUACAUAUUUGGAGUGAUUCAACGACGAACUCUACCCACACGGCCCUCAAAGCCUCGUACGAGCCUGGCACAUGAUGCCCGAGUUGUUAACGUGGUAAGGCAGAGUAGUUUAUGCCAAAAGGAUGAACAACAUUUACCAAAACAGGAGUUGGCUCAAGAGAUCAUUGCACCCUCCCAGUGGUCAGAAGGAAUUGCUUCAGAGGCUGGCCUUAACCUAGAUCAGGAGCAAUACCUUAGGAUAGGGCCUACUGAAGAUCCCCCACUCCCAUAUCAUCUUCAGCAAAAGGGGCUUUAUACCAAACCCAGGCAAGCCUCCAUGACGCUGCUUGACUAUCCACAUGGUAAAGAUGUCCAACCAGACUCCAGCACUACUGAGCCUGACUUAUCCCAACGUCUCCCCAAGUACCAGUCGCCUCCAGCAGCAGCAGCAGCAGCAAAGUCUACUCAACCAUCUUCUCCCGAAGAUCAUCUGGUCAGUGCCGAGUAUAUUCCGGGUCAGCCUUGUCGGACCUCCAACCGAGCUUAUGCACAUCACCACACCAACCACCACAAAGGUCCUGGGGUGUCCAAAUCCAACCGAUGUGCAUAUUCUCCAGAAAGACUCUAUCAUCAGGAGCAGCAACCCACGGCUUUUCAUAUCCAACCCCCAAGGUACAGAGGAGGCCCAAAGAAAUGUCGAUCAAAUGAAGACAGAGGUGGUGCCAGCAGAAAGCCAGGGAAGAAGGCGUGCAGGUCUCAGUCAGAGAAUAGCUUACAAAGGUUUCCAGAGCGCAAGUUUAAUACAGUCGAGAAGGAUGGUAGUGGAAGUGGGAACGCUGGAAGGGGAAGCCGCGGUAAUCAACCCAGAAGCAAAAAGCAGCAACAAAGUAGCGGUAGCUACAGGCGCUCGCUGUCCACUUUGGAGCUCAGCCAAGAUGAAGCUGAUCAGCCACCUGUGACAAUACCUGUGCAAAGCAACCAAAACUGCUGUCUUAGGCGCACACGUAAACCCCGUCCUACACACGCAUCAUAUGCUUACCCCACAACCUCGCACCAUUUCCACCAUCAUCAGCACAUGGAGUUUCAGUUGGAAAGGGACCAAACGCAACUGUGUCAGGCCACCGAUGAUUAUUCUCACGCAGGUCAGGUAGAGUCUGAGUCGAGCAUGAGUGAGGCUGACUCUCCAGAUUCCAGCUCAUUGUCCAGUGAUUCAGAUGAAAGUGGUGGUCUGGUUUGGCCACAGCAAUUACCCCCAAGACUUUCCCUCCCAUCAACACUUGCUCCAUCUGGAGCACCUCUGCAGCCUAAGGCUUUUGUCAAGAUAAAGGCCUCACAUGCACUUAAAAAGAAGAUCUUGCGCUUCCGUACUGGUUCACUGAAAGUAAUGACCACUGUAUGAAGUGAAACGAAUGCCAAAGUGAAGUAACAUGAGAUGCAGUCCUUGAGUUUAUGUACAGUGAUGACAUAUUACAUGGAAAUGCUAAUGAACUGAUUUUGGACAUGAAUGGGUUUUAGUCUCAACAAGCAAUGAAGGAAAUGGCUGUCACUCUAUGCAUCUCCAAUCUCUGUUUCAAAAGUAAGAUGUAGAAAUGACAUUUUCCAUGAUAGUAGAAGUCUUAAAUAGAUGACUCACGCUAAAAAAGUCCUUGUCUUUGUUCAGAUAAGUCCUGAAACACUGUCACGCAUGCACAUGUAUAUCAUAUUCCAAACCAUGUAUAUCUUCACUUGAACUACCCUGACACAAAUGAAAACGAUAAGGGGCCUAAUGUUAGACCAAGACUUUUGUUUGGGACUUGGUUGUAUAAAUCACAACACUACAGACUGUGUGUCUGUAGUGUGAAAUUCAUUUCACAACACUACUCCUCUUAACCCUUGUAUGGUGUUCGGGUCUGUGAGACCCGUGUUCAGUUUUUUUCAAAAGAAAA